AUGGUUCAGGAUUUGUUCUUUGAAGUUGUGAGAAGGAAACAACACAUCUUUUGUAAUGUUAAGGAUAACGCUCCUGUGUCUGAUUUGAAAAAGAUGAUUGAGGGAAUUCUUAAGAUUCCAGUAACAAACCAAAUCCUCUUAAGAUUCACAGAAGACGGAAAUUAUUCAAACUAUGUGCAACUAGAUGACAAGAAGUCUUUCACUGAGAGCGGUUUCACAGCCGUCAAUGCAAAAGCUCAAGCUCCAGCUCAAAUCGGUCUUCUUCUAAAAGGUGAAAGUGAGAUGGUCGUGGAAAGUUUAUCGUCUCCUCCUCCAAUACCUGACGCUAUGCGGGCGGAAAAUCCCCAAGAAUAA